AUGGCAUCCAUACCAUGUGCGAUCUUUCUGACAGUUUUGUUCUCUGGUGAAAUGGCUCAGACAAAAACCUCCUCCCUGUCAUCAUCUCUCCGUCAUGACACAGAUUUUUUGACCGUUAAACCUGGAGACAACUUGAGUUUGAAAUGUUUCUAUGAAGAUGUGGUUGAUGCUCGAUUUUAUUGGUAUAAACAAAGCUUAGGGCAGAAGCCGAAGCUCAUUUCUAUCUCGUACAAAUAUGAAAACAAAGGAGUGUUCCAUGGGGAAUUCCGAAACAGUUCACGCUUUACACUGGAUAAUAGAAAAGGGAACAAUCACCUGAUGAUUGCAAACCUACAUUAUUCAGAUUCAGCAACGUAUUACUGUGCAAGCAGCUAUUUGUACAACUUUGAAUUCUCAGAUGGUAUUACAGUCAAUGUAAAAGGUUCAGAUUUAACCAUCCAGACUUCAGUGGAUCAGUCGUCCUCUGAGAACAUCCAUGCAGGAGACUCUGUGACUCUGAACUGUACAGUCCACACUGGGAGCUGUGAUGAAGAACACAGAGUUUACUGGUUCAAAGACUCUGAAGACUCUCAUCCAGGACUCAUUUACACUCAUGGAGGCAGGAAUGAUCAGUGUGAGAGAAAGAACAACACACAAACACACAGCUGUGUCUAUGAGCUGCCGGACCUGACAGAGUCUCAUGCUGGGAUCUACUACUGUGCUGUUGUCUCAUGUGGACACAUACUGUUUGGAAACGGAACCAAGGUGGACCUCACAGCUGAGGUCCCGUAUCAAAACUAUCUCUGGAGUGGUGCGCUCUUUUUCACGACUCUUCUGUGUGUUUUCCUGGGGAUCUCACUUUGCUUGAUGACUAGAUCACACAACAGAAAAAUGUCAGGGUCAUCACAACCCCCCAAAGGUGCCAUGGGUUUCAAGUCAACAGAAAAAGUCUACCAUGCAGCCGUCUGUACCAACUUGGCAAACAGGUCCAGACGACUAAGGGAUCCCACAUGGAGCGAAUGCGUGUACAACAGCAUGAAGCAGUGAAACUCCAAACAUUUUCCUUCAUUUUGUACUAUAUAUAUGGCAGUUCAGUGCUCAUUUAACAUAACUUUGAAUAUUACAGUAUCUAAGAAAUGUUUCAUCUUUGCAGAAUAAAUGGAGACAUUGUUUUGUGUUUGUUUUUAUCA